GAAGCUCCAAGCAGAUAUUUCCUGUUAAUCUUGUUUAUGUGCCGCGAAGUACGACCGUAUGAUUGACUGUUCUCAUUUGACUAUAUGCAGUCCGCGGUAAACACACGUUUACAUUUCUGUGAAAACAGCUUUGAAGAUAUGGCUCGUGCGAAAUAUUUAUUUAUUUACUUGUUAAUACAAUAUGUUUUGGAGUUCACAUAUGGACAACCGCAAGUUAAGUUUUUUAGAGAUGAUUACAAAUAUUUGGAGGACACGCGGAGCUUUUAUAAAGUACACACAAUACACAAGACGUGGGAAAAUGCGAAAAGGAAAUGUGCAAUGGAAGGUGCUUCUCUUUUCUAUCCCAAAGAUCAGAAUGAGGCUGAUGUAGUCCUAACCCACUUAAAGGAGACGCAGCCUUCGUAUCAAUGGGUGUUUAUUGGUAUUUCGUCCAAACUUGCAAAAGGAGUCUUUAAAACUAUAGAUGGAUUUUCAAUAAGACAAGUAUACAACAAAUGGGCACCAGGCGAGCCCAAUGACAAGAACGAUGAAGAAGACUGCGUGAUAAUGCGCCGAGAUGGUACGCUUAAUGACGAUAAAUGCUCUAAAAAGAAUUCAUUCAUUUGCAAAAAGACUCUGGCAUCUCUCAAGUGGAAUGAGGAGUGCAAUGUUCCUUAUAUGGAUUACAAAUAUAACGAAGGUUUAGGCAGGUGCUACAAAUUUCACUUAAAUCCCCUCAAUUGGAGAGAUGCGAUUGACGCGUGCGACUCUGAGAAUGCCUACUUAGCCAUUAUCAAUUCCCAAAAAGAAGCAGACUAUCUUGUUAACAUAACUGCGGAAGCGCCUAAGAACAAGGUGAAGGGAUCGCACUUACGGGGAGCUGUUCAUCUAGGAUUCAGCUACGAUACGUCUGAAAACGAAUGGAGAACAACUACAGGAGAAACACUGGAUGACGCGGGUUACGCUGUGUGGGGCAACAAUGAGCCUGAUGGUGGAGAAAAUGAGCAAUGCGGUUCGAUGUUCUACAACGGCCAUUUAAAUGAUAUCAGCUGUGAAGCACACAGAUGUUUCUUUAUAUGCGAAAGAGAAAACGAGCUUCUUAAUAUUUUUAGUGAGAGGUUCGGUCAAUAGAUAUUUUUGAUAAAUACUCAAUAUUUAAAAUGUUGUCUACUAUCGUUAUAUUUCAAAACAUCUGUGAUAAUUUUUUUAAACUUUACACCAUAAAAAAUUUUUGUUUAAAUAAACGUUAGCGGAGUAGUUAUGCGUAGAAUAGAAUAGAAUAGAAUGAUUUUUAUUCAAUAUGGAUUAUUACAUAAUACUUAUUGAAAGUCAUAUUUUAUUUACCACUGGUUCGGAAAAUACCUCUGUCCUGGGAAGAACCAGCAAGAAACCCAGCGGGACUUUUUUUUUAAACAUAAUUUCACUUAACAAUAAUUUUGAUUAUACAAUUUUAAAUGAAUUUUCAUAGAACCAGCAUGGUGGCGAUCACCUUAUUCCCAGGGGUUAUUUUCACUCAUGUAUUCCUUGAUAUUAUAAUAACCCUUUUUGUACAGUUUUUCUUUAAUAAAACUUUUAAACUUGUUUAUUGACAAACUUUGAACAUGUUCUGGGAUUCUGUUGUAAAAGCGUAUAUAUUGCCCCAUAAAUGAAUUACUAAUUCUGUGGAGUCUUGUAAGUGGCAUUACAAGCUUAUGUUUGUUCCUAGUGUUUAAGGUAUGAACAUCCUUAUUCUUAUUAAAGCUAUUUAUGUUUUUAUGUACAUACAUUACAUUUUCAUAAAUAUAUUGCGAUGCCAAAGUUAAUAUGUUUAUUUCUUUAAAUUUUUCUCUAAGGGACUCUUUACAAUUUAGAUUAAAAAUCGCCCGUACGGCUCUCUUUUGCAAAACAAAUAUAGCUUCAAUAUCAGUCGCAUUACCCCAUAGCAAAAUUCCAUAAGACAUUACGCUAUGAAAGUAACUAAAAUACACUAACCUAGCUGUCUCAACAUCUGUGAGACUUCUAAUCUUUCUUACAGCAUAUGCUGCAGAACUAAGUCUGCUUGCUAAUUUAGAUAUAUGGGGGCCCCAUUGAAGUUUCGCGUCAAUAGUAAUACCGAGAAAAACAGUGGUAUCCACAAGACUCAACUCCUCCCCAUUUAAGAGCACAUUGGUUUUCGAAUGUUUUACAUUAGGUAUUGUAAAUUUAAUACAUUUUGUCUUAUUGCCGUUUAAGAGCAAAUUGUUGGCGUUAAACCAAUGUACUAGUUUCGAUAGAGCAUUAUUUACAUCGUCGUAUUUAAUUGACUGCCGUUUCAGUUUGAAAAUUAAAGAGGUAUCGUCAGCAAAUAAUACUAUAUCGUGAUUGUCCCCUACAAGAUAAGGUAAGUCAUUAAUAUAGAUUAAGAACAGGAAUGGGCCAAGAAUCGAGCCCUGAGGAACGCCCAUUGAUACUACCGAUCCGGAGGAACAUUUACCAUUAAUGACGACUUUUUGAGUUCUGUUACUUAAAUAUGAAGUAAUAAGUUUAAGCGCCAAAUUUUUUACACCGUAAUGUUGUAGUUUCCUGAUUAAUGUAUCAUGAUGAACACAAUCGAAAGCCUUGGAAAGGUCACAGAAAAUACCUAAGGCAUCUUGUGAAUUCUCCCAGGCAUUAAAAAUAUAUUUCAUAAGCUCAACACCGGCGUCAGACGUCGAGCAACCCCUUGUAAAACCAAAUUGAUUUUUAUGAAGUAAUUUAUUUGUAUU